AUUACUGCUUCAUAACCAGUACUGAAGUUGCUGUUGAAAUUCCUCGGGCUCCGGCGCAGGAGUGGUUGGCUACGCUUCGCCCUGGCCGCUCUGGGCCACGCCUAGCAGCAAUUAGCGAAAUGGAUAGUUUUAUAAGUAUACGAUUGUAGUUCAGGCCAGGUGCCGCCUGAGAAGGUUCGUCAGGAAGGCGCUCACAGCUCAGUUGCUGCUGAGCGCCAGCAUCAAAGAAUGCGUGUUACAUGGAAGAAGAGCACUACGGGUGGAGGUUUGGAGUCCUUCACCUACUUGACGACCGUGGGCGAGGGCACGUAUGCGGUGGUUUACGAAUGCGAGGACAACCGCAGCGGCGCGCGCGUCGCCGUGAAGGCCUUCAAGCAGGCGCACGAGCACCCCACGGUGAUGGCUCUGGCGCUGCGCGAGAUCCGAACCCUCAAGUCCUGCCGCCACCCCAACGUCGUGCCCCUGCUGGACGCCUUCUCCACAGGCAGCGGACGGGUCUACAUGGUGUUUCCCUUCGUGGGCCGCUCGGCCUACCGCGAACUGUACGCCCACCCGCAGGGCCUGCCGCCGGAGCGGUUGCGGCUGUUGGUGUACCAGGUCCUGCAGGCGCUCAACUACCUGCACAACAGAAAGAUCUGCCAUAGAGACGUGAAGCCUGCCAACAUCCUCCUGGGCGAGGCCGCGGCCGCCACCGCCACCGCCACCGCCACUUCCGGACCCGCAGCCGCGGCCGCCGCCGCAGCAGCAGCAGGCGUAGCAGCCAUGGCGGACGCCGCAGGCGGCAGCAGCAGCGGAGCGCAGGGCGAGGCCGGCGGCGGCGCCGGCACCGCCACUGGCACGGUUCUGCACGUGCAGCUGUGUGACUUUGGGUUUGCCCGGCCCACGCGCUGCGGGCCUACGGAGGCUGAGCGACUGAGUAGCUACGUGUUCACUCGCUGGUACCGCUCUCCGGAGGUGCUGGUGGGUGACCUGUACGGCCCCGCCGCCGACAUCUGGAGCCUGGGCUGCACCGUGGCGGAGCUGGCGGUGGGGCAGCCGCUGUUCCCGGGCAACUCCACCGCCGACCAGUUGUGGCGCAUCAUGCGCUGUUUCGGCCCACUGCCGGAGCCGCUGGCCGCACGCGCCGCCGCACACCCGCAGCUCUCGGGACUGCCGCCGCUGGUGCCCGCAGGCCGCACACUCAAGCAGCGGCUGUGCCCAGCCGACGGCAAGGGCGGCGGCUGCUCUGCGGGCCUUGCGGCGCUGGUGGCGGCGUGCCUGCAGCCCGACCCGCGGCUGAGGCCCACAGCGGGGGAGCUGCUGCAGCUGCCCUACUUCUGGACGGUGCCCAAGCUCCUCCGCGGCUCCGAGCUGGAGCGCCUGUACGACCUGGCCCAGGCCGAGCAGCGCCGGGCAGGAGCAGGAGGAGGGGGAGCAGCAGGGGGAGGAGGGGGAGGGGGAGGGGGAGGAGGGGGAGGCAGCGCUAACCGCCGCGGCGGCGACGUGACCAUGGGGGAGCACGAGGCGGCGGAGCAGGAGCAGGAGGAGUGGGGUGGCGAGGCGGCGAGUGGCAGCAGGCAGGGCUUGGGUGGUGCCAGCGGUGCGGGCGAGGGCUGGGUCCCUGGCCCGGGCCAGGGACCCCGCGGCCGCGUGCCGAUGCGGGGCAGCAGCGGCGAGGGGGCGGCGGCGGCGGCGGCGGAUGUGGGUGAGAGGAGCACCACUGCCGCCGACGCCACCGUUGGCGGUGGCGGCAAGGCGGGUACGGCAGCGGCGGCGGCGGCAGCGGCGCCGAUGGCGCCGCCGCCACAAGCCCACGUGGCUGCGCCCGCCACUCCCGGGGACGAGGAGGUGCAGGCUCUCUCGCCCGUCACGGCGCCGGCGGGCAGCUACGGCGCGCGGCUCCUGUCACCGCAUCAGCCCGGCGGCGCCGGUGCUGCUGGCGGCGCCGGUAGCGGCGGCGCCGUACGAAGUGGCGGUACCGGCGGCGCCAUGGCGGCGGCGGCGUUGCCGACGGUUGUCAACAGUGUGCCGGCGCUGUCGACUUCAUUAUCGCGACCCGCGGGACCCAGGGACGCCGCCGCCGCCACUGCAGCCGCCGCCGCCACCGCCGCCGCCACUGCUGACGGCGGCCCGGAUGCCGAGGUGGAGGCUGCAGAGUGCGACGAUGCGGUGAUGCCGCUGCCGCCGCCGCGAUCCGGCCCGGCGCCGCCGCCGCCACGCAGCGGCGACAUGUUUGGCGCGGGGGCCGAGGAAGGCGGCGGCGCUGUGUACGGCUUGUACAGCGGCACGUGCAACGACCAGCAGCAGCAGCAGUACGAUUAUCCGUACCAGCAGCAGUACCAGCAGCAGUACACUGAUGGCCCGAUGCCGUUUGGGCAGCCAACCGCGGCCGCCACGGCACUGCACCGCGGCUACACGGCGACGGCGCCGUACGGCGGCGGCGCCGCUGGUGGCUACCAGCAGCCGCAGCAGUACGCACACCCGCAGUACGGUGUACAUCAGCAGCAGCAGCAGUACGGCUCACAGCAGUACGGCAUGCAGCAGCCGUACGCGGCUGGCGGCGGCGGCGGUGCUGGCAUGUACGGCGGCGCUCAAGGCCAGCCGUACGGGGUUCAUGCAGGUCACAUGCCUCGGGGCAACGCGCCUCGCGCCGGCCUGCACGUCACGCCCUCCUGCCCCGUCAGCGGCCCCGUGGGCGGCGGUUACAACGGCCACAACGGUCACAACGGUUAUGGUUACAGUGGUGGCGGCGGCGGCGCCGUCGUCAGCAUGGGCGGCGUUGGAGGCGGCGGCGGCCGCGCUGGCCGCGCUGGCGGCAGCGGCGGUGCGCAUCCCCCGGCGGGACCCGUCGUGAGUGGCCCGGCGGUUUGUGGUCCGCUGCCGCCAAUGACUAGCGGCAUGUUGAAUCCAACACCGCCACAAAGCGGUGGCGUGUUCAGUUGCGAUGCUGAUGACCCCAUGAUGACAACCGGCAACCUCCCAACCGCCGCCACGUGGAACGCCGCGCCGCCUUCGUCAACCGCCUCGGCACUGGUGGCACGGCUGCAGGCCGGUCCGGCGGCGCCGCCACCACACGGCGGCGCCGCCGCCGCGGGUGGCGGCGGCGGCGGAGCUGGCGGCGGCGGCGGCGGCAACCACCACCACAACCACCACCACCAACCGCUACCGCUCGGCCACUCGCUCGGGCGCGACAACCUAACCGCCCACAACCACAACCACUACAACUACCCUAACUACCACGCCAACCACAUGCACGGCCCGCAGCACGUGUUUGGGCCCACUGGCUCGCCGCACGGCUCCAACGGCUCGCUCGGCUCCUUCGGCAGCGGUAGUGGCGGUUGGGCGGCGGCGCCCACCAGCAGCAGCGGCGGUGCGACGCCCUCCAGCACCGUACGGCGUGAGACGGCGAUCUUGAGCCGCCUGGGCCCUGGCGGCGGCGGCGGCGUACGCAGCGGCACCGCCGGCUCGUACCCGGUGACGGCAGAGGACGGCGGCGGCGGCGGCGGCGGCGGCGGCGGCGUGGUCAGCGGCGGCGUCAGCGUCAGCGCAUUGUAUGGCAAUCACUACGCCGCAGCGGCGGCGGCAGCGGCGGCCGCGCCGGCGCCGGCGCGCCCCAUGCGCGCCACGGCCACGGGCGCCGGCGGCGAGGCAGCGACGCAGCAGCUGACGGCCGCGGGAUCGGGCGGCGUGUCGACGGCGGCGGCGGCGGUGGCGGCGGCAGCGGGGCAGCGGCGCUCCAUCCACCCACAGCAGCACCAACAGCACCACCACCAGCACUCGGCCUCGGACCAUUGCGCCCGCGGGUUUGUGCCGGGGGAGAUUCCGGACGAGGCUGGGGGUACGGCCAGUGUGUACGGCGCCUACCACGGCGGCGGCGGCGGCGCCGGUGGCGGCGGCGGCGUAGGUCGCCUGCCCAGCCGCUCUGGGGACGGAAGCGGCCUCGCGGCGCGCUGGUCUGUCAGCAGCGGUGGUGCUGGCGGCGGCGGCGGCGGCGGCGGCGGCGGCGGCGGCGGCGGCGGACUGAUGCUGCCUCAGCUGGUGCCGGCGGCAGCGGCGAAGCAGCAGUCGGCGUCGGAGGUGCCUCUUGAGUCGCCUGCCGGCACCGGCGGCGGCGGCGGUGCUGGCGGCGGCGGUGGCGGCGGCGGCGGCUUCCUGUCCGGGCUGCAGGGGCUGCUGCUGCGGCAGUCCAGCAACUCCAACGCCGCUGCCGCCGCCGGCCUGGCCGCCGGUCGCGCCAGCAGCCCCGGCGGCUUCGCUGCCGGCGGCGGCGGCGGCGGCAGUGCCAGUGGCCGGAGCCCGCAGGCGGCGUGGGCUGCGGCGUCGCCGACGCCGCAGGUGGCCGCCCGCGACAGGCCGCCGAGCCGCCAGCGCUCCUCCAAUGCCCUUGCCCCCAUCCGCGUAUCCGUGGACGGUGGCGGUGGGGCCGCCGCCGCGGCGGCGGCGGAUGCCGCUGUGUCGCCGGCGGGCGCCGACGGCCGCAGCCGCCGUUCCUCUCAGGGCGGGUCGGUGCUGGCGCGCCUGGUGCGCUGGGUAGGAUCCAACCCGGGUGGAAGCGGCGCCGACGGCGGCGAUGGCGACGCCGGCCCUGACGUCGUGCCGGCGGGGCUCCACAACGAGGCUGGCGGCGGCGGUGGCGGCGGCGGCGGCGGCGAGCACAGCGCCGGCCCGCCCAGCUUCCAGAGUGCCAUCUCCGCCGCCGCUGGCGCGGCCGGCGGCGCUGCCGGCGCCGGCGGCGCCAGCGGCGCCGGCACCCCUACCGCCGGUGCGGCGGUGGGACCCUUCCUGCCAUCGCUGGCUUCUGCACAACAGCAGCCGCUGCAGCAGCCGGACCUGGCGGCGGCGGCAGGCGCUGCCGCCUCGGCAGCGGCGGCGGCGCCUGCGGCCUUUGCACGGGUGCGCAGCGCGCGUGGUGUUGGCAGCGGCAGCGGCAGCGGCAGCGGCAGCGGCAGCGGCAGCGGCAGCGGCAGCGGCGUCGGCAGCGGCAGCGGCAGCGGCAGCGGCAGCGGCAGCGGCAGCGGCAGCGGCGGCCAGCUGUGGGCGCAGCGCCUGACGUCGCCGUCAGGCACCGUCGACGGGGCCGCGGCUGACGCCAGCGCUGGCGGCGGCGCCGCCGGCAUCUCACAGUCCACGUCUGGGGAGGUGGAUGGUGGCAGCGGCGUCCUGCGAGGCGGCAGCACCGGCGGCAGCACCAGCCGGCGGCGCAUCAUGCCGCUGCCGCUGCCGCCGCCGCCGCUGACGCUUCCCGGCACGGCGACGGCCGCCGCCGCCAGCGGCGGCGGCAGCAGUGGCGGCGGCAUGCCUACGCCGCCGUCGCGGCGCGACAGCCGCAGCUGCAGCGGCAGCGGCGCCGCCGGCCCUGCGGCAGAUGCGGCGGCCCCGAUGGCGGCGCGCAGCGGCAGCGGGCGGCAGCUCCUGCUUACCGCCAACAGCAGCGGCGGCGGCGGCGGGGUGCAGUCACGGCUGUCGCCGGUGCCGCCGCCGCCGCUGCUGUCGUCUUCUUCGCAUCACAGUCACAUCACAGCCGUUAUGCCAAUGUCACCCAUGCACUCCAACAACAGCAUCGCCGGCGGCGCCAGCGCCUUCGCCGGCGGCGGCGGCGCCGCCGCCGCCGCCUUCGCCGCCGCUGCCGCCGGUGCGGACAACGACGACGAGAUCGUCAGCAGCCCGGGCGCGGCGAGCCUGUCGCCAGCGGUGUCCUCACCACAGCCGCAGCCGCCGGCGGCGGCGCAGCCGCCCCACGUGACGCGCUCGCUCUUCGGCGGCCGCAGCCGCCUGAGCCGAGUGCUGUCUGCCAACAGCAGCAGCAACGGCGGCGCCGCCGCCACAUGCGAGUCGCUGCCGAACGCGGCUUCUGGCAAUGGAGCGCUCAGCGGCAGCAGGGGCUCUGGCAGCAUUGCAGAGGAGGUGGGUGUCAGGGCAAGUGGACACGGCAGCAGCGGCGGCGGCGGCGGCGGCGGCCCCUCGCCGCUGUCGCCGGCGGCGGCGCCCGUGGUGGUUGCGGACGUGGCGGCGGUGGCAGCCCAACACCAGCACCAGCAAAACGCCGACAGCAGCGGUUGGUAUUCUGCCAGUCUGGACUUUGUGGCGGCGCCCGACAGCCCGAGCGGUGCCGCAGCGGGCGGCGGCGGCGGCGGCGGCGGCGAGGGUGCGGGCGAGGCAGCCGAGUGCGACAACAGGAAGGCUUUCAGCGAGGUUGCCGCGCCGCUUGCCAUCGGAGAGGCGGCGGCGGCGGCAUCGAGGGCUGCGGCGAUGGAGGAGGAGGGUGCGGGGGGACUCGCGCCCGUGUCGGGAGAGGAGGGCACGAACGCUGGGGCGGCGGCGGCGAGCGGGAGGGUGAGCGGGAGCGGCGGUGACGGCAAGAGUCAGGGUCGUGGCGUGUUUGGGAAAGUCAUGCGUGCUGUGAAGGGCGCGUUCGCGUGAGAGAUAGUCAUGUUUGUUUUUAUGUGUUGUUGAGUAUGUGUAGAUAUGUGUUGCCUGUUUGAGCCGUUGGGGCUCUGGAAUGAUGCGCUAUGCGUGGUUCGGGCAGGUCCCACCCCACCGUGCCACCCUGGCGCCACGGAACCCUGGCGGCGGCGGCGCCAGAUUCCGUAUGCGAUUGUCUGCUGACGCAUUCCGUGCAGAUCUGAUUGCAACGGUCUUCUCAUGUGCGCUCUGACGCUGGAAUCCUCAAGGAUGUGUUUGUGUCACGGCGCUUCCCACAUGCAUUGAGGCGUCGUGUGCGCCCAGACGAGCACAGGCAGGGGCAUGUUUGACCACGCUCCGUGUGUGUGCGUGUCGAGUUGUCCUAGUCUGCCAGCCAGACGCUUGCUUAUGAGAAAGUGCGACGUAGGGUAGGCUGCAAAGGAGGUAAACAUUCAUGCAUGGAACCGGCAGGAUGGAUGCAUUUUGAAACUCUGAUUACCGUCUGAUGAACGCCAACGCCACGGUACGGCUGGCUAGCCGAGCUCGGGAUACGCGCUCGUUGUGAGUGUACAUGAUGGGGGGGGGGGGGAGGGUGUUGCGCGUUCCGAAAGAGUGAUGAACGGAUUGCCGAGUUAGAACUUGAGCACCAAGUUGCGAUUUAUGUCGCGAACAGGGCUUGUGCAGGUGUGUAGGUUUCAAAAGUUGUUAUCACCACUGCCACCGGGCGCGCUUGUGUGCUUUUUAGCAAUGCGCAGACCAGACGCCUGGGCGGGGGAGAGGCUUGGCGCUGGCACAAUUGCUGGGCUAUUGAGGUGCAGGCUUCAUGUGCAGCCGAUCGACAUCGGAUCCGGAACGGGCAUUUGACGGCAUCACCCAUGCAUCGGGAAGAAAUGAAGGAUGCCCUCCCGGUGAUGUCCUGAGCGUCAAGCACUCUGACGCGAUGGAUUACUGAAUGGAAGCGGGCUGCCGCUCUUUUUUUGGGUGUGCGGCAGAAAGGCUGGCGCUCGGAGCAGGGUUUGUUCAAUCAAUCAAAUUGUCUUGGGGUUAUUGGUGGUGAUGGAGGGAGUGCGCAGGGCCGCGCCGUCGGGAACCCGGUGGUGCUUGUUGCUGACAGGAGCUACACCAAAGUCUUGCACCCCGACCCGGAGGCCUCUCUGCACGGGCAUUCAGUUGUGUGCGAGGGGGCAUAGAUGUGUGUGUAAAAACACACACACGGGCACGCCGUGCCGUGCAUGGCACUGCAAUCCUGUCGGCUACUGUGCGCGUGAUGGAUCGCGCGCGUGCGAGGUUGUGCGUGUGUCGUGUCGCAUGGGCCGCUGGAAAUGCGGUUUCCCUCGCUUUCGACGGGCUUGACGCUAGCUGGCAGCCGGGCGUGGGGUUGGCGGGGGGGGGGGGGUUACACUCAUGAUUAGCUAAGGAAAUGGUAGACGGUAGGCAAUCUUGGGAUUGGCGGUGUUUGUGUGGGGGUGCAACGAUGGUGCGGAGAAGUGUAGCGAGGGGGGGGCGAGCGGCCCUUGGAACACAGGGCGGCCCCCCGCCGAGCAAGGCUUGGAUGGCGGCAAGAGGGGUGUGUGUAGCUAUCUAGGCCAGUACGUCGCGAGAACCAUACAUUGGGGGGUGGGUUUUACAGUACCGUAUAGCCUCGGCAUGGCGCGGACCUGUGGCGCAUUCGCUUCAGGACGUUGAAGUUGUGUGUUAUAAAGCACAAGGAAAACAUAGCGCACAGACAGUGUAUGCGAUGUAGCAACUUGUGUGUUGUGCGAUUCUUCGUCAGGUCGCAACUGUUGCAUGUGCAUAAUGCCGAAGCUGUGCCGACGCUGCCUAGGCGCAUUUGCGGGGCUGCGGGGCUGGGCGCGCCCUUGAGAAUGCGAGCGAUGGGACUGGCGGUGCGGACUGGCGGCUGAGAGUGAGAGCAGCCGUGGCAUUAGUGGCGCCACUGAUGCAUGAUGCACCGCCUUCCAUCGUUUCCACGGGACGCAGGAUGUCAGAGCGCUCAGCAACCUUGCUGUAAUGCCAAUGUCAA